GGUAGGUUACCAUAGCUACGGUGCACACAGAAACUGGACCUCCCUAGCUGUCCCUGGCUGGCCCGAGGAAAGAGGCAGCACCAUGAGCCACGUAGUGACCAUCGAGAAGUCCUCGACUGACCGUCAGUUAUCUCAGCAACUGUGUCGGGAGAAGUCGAGGGGCUACUUUUCCUCCAAUCGAACGUACGAUUUCCUUUAUGAUCCAUUGUUUAUUGUGUCAAGCGAGAAAGACCACACACAGGCAUAUAUUCAAGCCACCCUGAUUCGAAGCCGACUGAGAAAAGUUCCCAGAUUUCGAAGCAUGUUCAGUAACCUGAUUCAUUAUCCAAGAUAUUCUCAGUAUUGGAACAAGUCCGAUCCUCUCCCACCAUUUAUCAGUCGAGAAUGGAGGGGACUUGAGAAGCAUAAAGAAGUCCUCUGGCAGCUUUCCACAAUGGGCACUUGUUUUCAGAUGCCUAAAGAAGUUUAUGAAAAUCCCGACGUUACUGGAAAGAAUCGCUAUAAAUACUUUGACAGGCCCUUCCUUCCCUUUUAUCAACAGAUGCCACUCAGUGUUGUUUUUGCAGCAACCAAGACAGAACCAUAUAUUUUUCCUCCUGUUCCUUCUAAGUACCCAGUCAUCCCUUCAAAAUCUACUGUGGGCACUCAGACUGAUUAUAGGGAUGCUGAUGUUCAAACAGAUCCAUACUCUCCAGAAUAUGUAGUAUGCCAAGACACGAUCCCUGAGCUCUUAACCCUGGCUACUCUGACUUGGGGUCGAGGUCUCCCCGCAGGACAGGCUGAGGUGGAGAUGAUAGAACGAGCCAGGGAGAAGCGAGCUUGGGAAGCCACUCUUCCCCCUCUGGGUGACAUCCGCCAGUUUGAGAAGAGGAGGAAGAUGAUGAAUGUGAUGGAGAGGAAGGAGUGGGCCUUCAGAGAGCAGGAGAUUGAAAAACUGCAGGACUUUCGCCUGGAAGUUUUAAAAGAGCUACUGAGGAGGCGUGAAGAGCGUCAAAAUGAACUGGACAUGAAGCACUUGAAUGCCCAGUGGAGUAAACUGCAGGAAGCAAAAGAAGCCAAACUGUCCCAAAUCCAUCGCACACAUAUAUCAACAAUCAGAAAGCUUGAAGGAAAGGGAAAGAAUAUAGAAGGGAAACUGAAAAAAAGAGAUAUCAUCAAGGAUUAUUCUGAUUAUGCAUCACAGGUCUAUGGACCUCUAUCUCGCCUUGGCCGUUUCCCAGACAACAACUCAGAGGACUUUAUAGUAAAAAACUACUAUCUCAACACCUAUGAAGGAUUAAUUGAACUUGAAUCAAGUCUUCCAGAUUUUGUGACACAACCGAGAAUCAGAACUCCAAAACCAAAAGUCGGUACCACUAAAUCUGGUUUUCUGAAGAGGGCAGCAAGACUGGACUAUGAGUUGACAGAGGUUCAUAAGGCACUGUUGGAAAAGAAGAGUAAAGGUCUGGAACCAAAGAAACCUCUGCGCCUCCUUCAAAGAAACCCCAUACCUGAGCCUCGGCUUCCAACUCCAACCUUGGAAAUGAGUUCCAAUGAAGAAGAAGACAUAGAAAUGGCUGUGAUCUACCUUCAAAGCUUACUCCGGGGUAGAGUCGUUCAGAACAUGAUGUUUGAAGGGAAAGAAAAGCGACUGGAGUUGAUCCAGGAGCUGCGCACCAGCCACGCACUCCAAGAGGAUGAGAAACUGGUAAAGAAAGCCGAGAAGCAAGUGACCCUGGCCUUACAACGGCAGAGAAACUUGCACGAGCACAAGGUGUCACUGGUUGAAAAUCAUUUGGCCGGGCUUGAAGGAAGGGCUCUAGCUGACAUGCUAGACUUCCUGUCCAAAGAGCUGGUGAGACUACAGGAAGAGAGGAGGAUCCAUGCCUUUGCCAUGUUGGCAGAGCGUCAGCGGCGGAUGCGAGAAGCUGAAGAGAGUGGUCGUCGCCAGGUGGAACAAAGGCGCCUGCGUGAGGAGGACCAGAUAUUUAAGGAGGUGGUUAAAGUUCAUCAAAGUACUGUAUCCUCAUAUCUGGAAGACAUAAUACUGAGUACUGAAGAGAAUACUGCAGAAGAACAGGCCAGAAAAGAAAUUGAGAAGAUGGCUGAGGAAAUCAAUGACAUUGCUUAUGAAAUGGAAAACCGUCGAACAUAUCUUCAGUCAGAGGAGAUUGUUGCCGAGUUGGUUUAUAGUUUUUUGAUUCCAGAGGUGCAAAAAGAGUUUGUCAAAGAAAAAGUGAGGAAUGCACAGCGAAAACAUAUUCUUGCAGCCCAUCAGAUCAUCCAUCAACACACAGAAGCCAUGGUCCAGCGGAAAUUUGUUGAGCGACCAAAAGAUGAGGUCUCAAAUGCUGACAAGUUACCUGAGGAGGGAACACAAAAUAAGAACAGCAGCUAAGGGAGGAGAGAAGGGAAAUUUUGAAAUUAUUUUAUAAUAUAUACAGGGAAAAGAGAAGUAGGCAUGAAUCACUGAUUGAAAGCAUAUACAGAAAAUAGGAGGAACUUCCGAAGGCCUAAACGUGGAUGCCUGAGGCAUUCCCGAUCCUGGAGCCUAAACAUGGAUGCCUGAGGGACUUCUGGAUCCCAGAGCCUAAACAUGGAUGCCUGAGGAACUUUCGGACCUGGGGGCCUAAACAUGGAUGUGCACCCGAUGAACUUCCAGAUCCUGGGGCUUAAACAUGGACGUGCACCCAAGGAACUUCCGGAUCAGGGGGCCUAAACAUGGACGCCUGAAGCGCUUCCAGAUCCAGGGUCUUAAAUAUGGAUGUGCACCUGAGAAUUUCCGGAUGCUACGGCCUAAACAUGGACGCCUGAGGCACUUCCGGAUCUGAGGGCCCAAAGUCGGACUUGUACCUGAGGAACUUCCGGAUCCUAGAGCCUAAACAUGGAUGUGCACCUGAGGCACUUCCGGAUGCUAAAGCCUAAACAUGACAUGCUCUCAAGGAACUUCCAGAUGCUAUGGCCUAAACGUGGAUGUGGGCCCGAGGAACUUCGGGAUCUGGGGGCCUAAAUAUGGACGUGCACCUGAGGAACUUUCAGAUCCUGGGGACUAAACAUGGAUGCCUGAGGAACUUCCGGAUCUGAGGGCCUAAACAUGGAUGUGUCCCUGGAACUUCUGGGUCCUUGAGCCUAUAAAGGGCAGGCGUGACUCUCAGAGGGGAUGUGGCCCAUGAAGGGGAGCCGAGUAUGGGGCCUGUUGGGAGGCAGACUGAGCUGUCGCACCCUAAACUUGAAUGUGACGGUGGCCUCACUUCCCGGCCUUCCCCUGGGUGUCACUUCCUCCCUUUCUAGGCAGUGCCGAGGAAGAAGUGAGACCAGGCGCAGGGGCCAGGCCCUGAGGAGGGACACCCUCUUUCUCCUCGCUUAGCCAGGCACCCGGCCUGGCUGGAGACGGGAACAUCUUGUGACACUGGCUGCCUCCUGCAUCCCUGCCCCAGGACCUCAGAGACCACAGGCGGGGACAGUCGUUGAUUCUCCUCUGGCCUCUGACUUUCAGUCCCGGGGUCUGUCUCCCAGAGGGUCAGGGGGUCCCUGUGACCUGCUGCUCCUUACCCACCGUCAUCCUGGGCGAGAACAGGUCAGGACACCAGCCGCUACUGAGAGUGACAUCUCCUAGAUGGGUGGCUGGGGACUUUGCCUCUGUCCCCAGGCCUCGGACACCGAAUGAUCCCCCCCCAGAGACAGAAAAUAACACCACACUGCCCAAGACUUAUUUUUAAGCUUUGGAUUCUGAAAUUUUCCUGCUGCCACCUUCUUUGUGAAGCCAGUUUUUCAGCAGAGACAAUAUUCCAGGGAGAAAAAAACAAAACAAAACAUGGAGUCAAUCAAACCAAGCUGAGAUAUCUGGUCCUCCAAGAGAAAUCUGGAUUGGAAGGAGAAUAGCCAUUCUCAACUGGUGAAAUAAUGAAGUUCCCUUGUCCUUAUUUUGUGUAAGCAAAAUAAAUAAUCUGAUGUCAAUCAUCAAAUAAUUUUUGAUGAGUGCUUGGCUCAUAGGAAAACUGAUUCUGUUUUAUGGAAUGAAGUGUUACCUGAUUUUAAAAUUUAAAAUGAAGCCAAUUAGAAUUGUUAAAUUACACUGUCAUAAUUCUGUUCUUUGAUAGCAGAAAUAAAUAAACCUUUUUUAUAAAGCAUAUACAGAAAAUAUAACAUUAUAUAUAUUUUAAGUGACCUUGAAGACAAUGGAAAGCUAAUAAAGUAGUGAAGAACUUGUGGGUCAAAAUCUAGGAGAGGACAGAAAUUCAAGAGUAUUAGGUCUGGUAUUUGGACCUAGUUUUUUUCCUGGGUAUGAUCUAGAAAAUGUGGCUGAGAGACUGAGCACUGCUUUUAAAAGCUUUACAAACUACUGGGAGAAAAACUAGAGUGAAGGUCUGGGGCUGGGGCUCAG